CUGAGGAGCUAGAAUCUAACUCCAAACUGUAAAUCAAGCCUUUUCCCCUUCCUGUCAUUUCCUCUAGAGGAACAUGUUUCUACUUUUGGUUGAUUAGGAAGGUAAAUUUUGCACAAAAGUAAAGUAGAAAUAAGUGUCUACCUAGAAAAUCAACAAAAUUCCUUUAUAUUGGGGCCUGCUAUUUUACAAGUUCUGUUGCUACUGCUGUUAUGCUUCUUGAUGAGUCUAGUAUCUCAAAGUUGUCUGUUAUGAAAAAUAAUUAAUGGGUUUUGAGAGAUUUUAUUUUUUAUAUGUGUGUGAAUUUUAUUUUUUUCUUAUUCCAAGUCUGUAGAAUAAUACACAAGCUGGAUAAGCUGACUUGUAUUUCUAUAUGUUACAGCAGUCAUGAAAGUUAACACUGCUAGGAUUUUGUUAACUGUAUUGCUAGUGACAUUUGGAUAUCCACAACUUUGCCUGCCUGGAAGGGUAGAGUUAGGUAUUUGUUUUGCUUUCAGAAUUUAAACCAAAGAAAGAUGUAAAGCCUCUGGUCAGAAAUAAAUAUCUAUAAUCCAGAGUAAGAUAAUGGCCAAAAAUUUUUAGUUUUAACAUGUCUAUUUAGAAAUAUAUUUUAUGUGAUACUAACUAAAGUAUCAUCUAAAUAGUGGAGAGAAGAGUCUAAUGAAAUUAUAAGCAAAAAGUUUGAGCAGCUGUGAGAUAAAGAAUGCUGUGAAAUAAGGCCAGGGUAAAUUAGCAGAAUCCUCCUUGCAGUCUCUGUCUUAGUUUCUAGUCUGACAGGAGGAUAUUGACUCCCGAUAAAAUCACAGCAACACUUCUGUUAAAAUGUUAUGAUUUUGGAUCUUGAAACAGACCUUACUUUUCUUUCUCUCCCCAGUAUCAAGAAAAUGAUCCAUAUUUCAUCUUGCUUGAAAACCAUUCAACCAGCUGUAAUUAUCUGCUAGGCGCCAUUCUAGAGAGAUGGCUAAUUACUUUUAAUUAAAAGUAAUAUUUUGAUAGAGGUCUACUGUCUCUGCUAGGAAUUUUUUUAAACUUACUAUAUGCCUAUCACCAAUUUUCUGCAAUACGGUUUAGCGAGGAGGAGUUUGCACUGCACUGUUCGAUAGCAACAGGUCUUAAGAGUAUCAAGGAUGAAAUUCUCAAGAGUCUUUAUGUCAUGGAUGGAAAUGGAAUCAUUACUGUAUUUUUGAACUCCUGCUAACGUCAUUGACACCCACCUACAGUCCACUAGAAAUAUAAGUGCAGAGAUCAGUUUGUUCACAGAUUACAAGGAGACUAACCAAGAAGGGGCAAGCCACAGCCAAAUUCACUGGUAAGCUUUAUUUUAAAGAACGUGAAAGGGAGACAUUUCUUUUUUUUUUUUUUUUUUUUUUUUUUUUCAUUGAAGCAAGUUGUGAAAUGGGUCUCUAGUAUAUUAAACCAGGCUGUAGUAUUUUUAUUGCACUUACUAAUAUAUAUAUAGUACACUUUAAUGCAAUUUUAAAAAUUGAGCUAUCUGGAUCUUAAGCCAUAUUUUUGCAUUCUUCUUGGAGCACAUAAAGAUCUGAUGCUAUAACUAAUCAGCCAAUGAAAACGGCUGUAUGUAAUAGCAAAUGUAAGUAUUUUGUGUUCAAUGUCAUAUUAGUCCCUCUCAAAAAGAGAAUUCAGUGCCUAAAAAUAGCUUUGGUAUGGGAAACAUUUCUUCAGAAUAUUUUUUUUCUUCCUAGUACAAUAGUACUAGGAAAACAAAAAAAAAAUGUUGAUAGCACACAGAUGUAAUCUGCAGUAGGCAGAUUUUCUAUGCCAUGGAUAAAUUAUUUUCAGCACUCCACUGGAUUGUCACGCUUACUCUAGUUGUUAUUAGUGACAGUUCUGUAGGACUUAAGGAGUCUGAUUCGUUGUCCUUUUACAGAUAGUCUGUUCAUCUCUUCAGCAUGUGGAAAGUGGUGCUCCUGGGUCUAUAUACAGUACUGGCUGUGAGAGGAUUGGCAAAGGGUGCACCUUUCCAACCAGAAGAAAAAUGGAAACCUCUAGAUAACCCUAGAAACAGAGACCUGUUUUUCAGAACGCUCCAGGCUUAUUUUUCGGGCAGGGGUCUUGAUCUCAGAAAGUUCCCAGCUACUUUCACUGUGAAUAAUGAAGGACCAAGGCCUGUCAUGUUCUACUCAGAUCCUAUUGCUUCUGCAUUUGCAGAUUAUGAAGAAAGGAAAAAUUCUUUUCCAAAUUAUUUCAAAGGCUGAAAGAUGCUGCUGACCAAGGUAUUAACUUUUGAACUUCAUGCGGAGUGGUAACCUUUACAGCAAAAUAUUACUGCUUUGACAUUUUAACUGUCACCUGACAAUUCAAAAUUUUCCUCACUAUCACAGUUUUCACCUAUGGAAUCUGAUAUCAUGCUGUAAUUAGCCCAUUUGCUGUCUAUUGACAAAUGUGUGAUGUUUGGCUACUACAGUUUGCCCAGCAGAAUUGUGUUUGUUUAAAUGUGAAUAAAUGAAGAGUGCAACAGUGCAUUUAACUACCACCGUCUUUUGUUCAAAACUGGUAAAUAAAGGUUACCUUUCAGUUUAUUAAAACUAGA